UAGUUUUGUGUUCAUACUGAUUUAAUAGUUUACUCUAUCAAAGAUGGAGAGGAAGGAGUGCGUUUUUCUGGAUCGAAAUAAGCACUUUCAACAGCAUUCAUCAUCAGCAUCAUGCUGCCGUCCAUUGCUUUUUCUGCUCCUGGGCAUUGCGAUUGGCUAUCUGAUAACCCAGGUUGUUCUGUGGCCGUUAAUGGACUUUAAAUCGCAUGCGAAUCGCACCAGUGAAACAAAUCCACUCGACAUCGAUUUGUCCGACGAAGUGCGAGUCUUGUGCUAUGUCUAUACAAAACAAAUGAAUCACAAGGUGGAGGCUCAGGCUGUGCUGAUGACUUGGGGCAGAAGGUGCAACAAGUUAAUCUUUUUUACCAGCCACAAUGACUCGAGUCUCAGGGGAUCUGUGGGAUUGCCCGGCGAUGUCAAUUACCGUGAGACGUGGCGGAAAACGAAGAGGGCGCUGAAGUACCUCUAUGACCAUCACUUGAACGAUGCCGACUGGUUCCUGGAGGCCGACGAUGAGACCUUUGUGGUGAUGGAGAAUCUGCGCUACAUGGUCUAUCCGUACAGCCCCGAAAUGGCCAUCUAUUUCGGAUCCCCGGGCACUGUGAUGAGUCGUGCUGCACUGCGUCGUGUUGUGGAGUUGGCACUGCCAAAUCCAUCGAAAUGUGAACCAAAGGAUUCGGGUGCCACUGGGGGAAGGCUGAAGGAGUGCCUCGAAAAUGCCAAUGUGGUGGCGGGCAACUCUCACGAUUCCAAAGGUCGCCGGCGAAUUUAUCUCAUCGAUCCACAGGCCAGAUCAAAUAGGUACCUACACUAUGAUCCCACGUUUUGGUUCUGGAAAUUUCUAGCCUACAGGACUCAAGAAGGCAUAUUCGCCUGGUCCAAAUAUGCUGUGUCCUUUCAUUACGUUCAACAUCGCUAUAUUCACUGUUUCGAGUAUAUGAUCUAUAGAUUGAGGCCUUUUGGACGAAAACUUCCUGUAGAGUACCUUCCAGUUAAAUUAGACAGAGUCGAGAAGGAGGACUUCAAAGGAGAUCAAUCACAAAAUGUUGAGAAGGAAGUGCCAGCAGACUACGCCUAUUAAAAGAUUCUAUAAGGGGUUCAAUUAAAUUAUAAAUUUCAUAAAAUAAACUCAUUUGUAUCUAACAUAAAGGAUAUACUUUUCAAAGAACUCAAAAUAGUUUAUAUAUAUAUAUUUAUUUAUGCUACUUUACAAAAUUCUUUAAACUAUUU